GUCACCAGAUAACGUGGUGUUUACAAUAUGGUGGUUGUAGGUGGGUAGGAAGGAAGGCAGGCUUAAAGCACAAAUUCUUGAUGUAGUUUCUUAAAGGAAUGUGGUACCGAUACUGACGAAUACGAAUGGUCGGAAUAAUUGGCAGAAGAUAGAGUGGGAAGGCACUUCGAAAUGAUGGCUGCAAAAGGUGGACCAGAAACGGAGGAUCAGCAGAAACUACGGUUUCAGGUUGAACUGGAAUUUGUUCAGUGCUUGGCCAAUCCAAAUUAUCUCAAUUUUCUAGCACAGCGUGGUUAUUUUAAGGAUCAAGUUUUCAUAAAUUAUUUGAAGUACUUAUUAUAUUGGAAGGAACCAGAAUAUGCUCGUUACCUAAAGUAUCCAAUGUGUCUGUACUUCUUGGAUUUGCUACAGUAUGAACACUUCAGACGUGAAGUUGUAAGUGCACAGUGUACUAAGUUCAUAGAUGACCAACAGAUCUUGCUGUGGCAGCACUAUACAAGGAGGAGGACACGGCUAUUACAAAGUCAGGCAGAGCAAGUCCAGAAUCAAACUGCAGCCAAUACUAAUGGGCAGAGUCAGCCACAGAAGACAUGACUCUAUCGACUCACUGUAUUUGUACGUUCGACUGUAUCUAUUGUAUGAAACAUCCGUUUUCUUUGCCAGAAUCUCCUGACUAACAUUAGUUGGCACUGCACUGUUGAAGCUUACUUGGGAAGAAAUGGCAUUCCUUGAAAGUUCUUAAAAGUAUGGAUGUUUUAAUUCAUUAUAUGAACUAUUCUGCAGUGUAUAAAAGUGUUGAGUGAUUUUCUGAGUCACAUGAAAUUUGAAUUAAUAGGUUAUUUUGUUAGAUGAUUGAUCACAUAACUUUGUGCAAAUAAUUUUUUAACCUCAGAAAGAAAAAUAAAAUAAUAUAUAAUUAUAUUAUA